AUGCCGAACUUGUCCAAACCAUUCAACAAUGGCAGCAGCGCAUCUGUUUCCUGCGCAUCUUCAACCAUGAUCACCUCUCAAGACAAGCAUUACUCAUCUGAGACAGCAGACGAUUCUUUGUUGCAUCUUCUCUCUGUGCCCUUGAUAGUUGGCCCUGAUAAUAUGUCGUCCUGCGCCACGUCACAAGCACCUCCGCUAUUUUCCCCUUGUGACGAUGGCGACAACCUCUUUUACUUCACCAACACCACGGUCCCAGAGAUCUCUGUUGAAAUUCCGUCCAACACCUCAAUCAUCGAGGCAUCGUCAUUACACCAUGCAGUAGGAUCAUCCGAACAACAGCUCCUCCCUCAUGAUGAUUUCGAGCCAACACCCAUCCACCCAAGACUGUCAAAUGUGCAAAAUAGUACACAAUCCAUCCUUCCAUUUCCACCACUGAAUGGCGCAAUCGAUUUUGCAUUUGACCGAUUCAUUGCACAAGAACUCAAUGAAGCCGCCCGUCCCAAGCAGCAGGGCGCACCCGAACAAAUCAUUUCCGGCUCCAAGCGCUACUUAUUGACCCCAACCGAGGAAUUACUACCCAUUACCAUACGUCCGGCCAAGCGGUCACGCAUUCGUCAGGUAUCCAACAACGACACCAGUGAUGAUGAGACAGCAAGGGUUCCUCGCUUUCGAAACCACCAAGAAAAACAGUGGAAAGACCUCUUUGAUCAGCUCUUGGAGUUCAAAAAGGAGAAGGGACACUGCCUCGUUCCCCAUACCUUUGACGAAAACCCACCGCUCGCACGAUGGGUCAAGCGCCAACGAUACCAGUACAAGUUGAAGCAAGAGAAGAUGGUUUCCACACUCACAGACGAUCGAAUUUCCCAGUUGGAAAGCGUCGGCUUUGUGUGGGAUUCUCACGCCGUGGCGUGGGAGGAGCAUCGGCUGGAUCUGGUGCAAUUCAAAGCCGCUUUUGGUCAUUGCAAUGUUCCUUCUGCUUACGAGAAGAAUCCAUCUUUGUCCACAUGGGUGAAGCGCCAAAGACGACAGAAAAAACUGUUUUGGAGUGGCUCAAAGAGCACCAUGACGAUGGAACGAUUCAGUGCCCUAAACAAGCUCGGAUUCAGCUGGGAGAUCAAGACUAAGAAGAACAAGAUCCAAGGAGCCAGACAACAACACAUACACUCUAUCGUAGUACUACGUACAAGCUGA